AUGCCCGGGCUCGGAGGGUUUACGGAAUUUAACCCAGACAAAGACAUCCCCUCCUUAGCGGGAAAGGUCAUCCUCGUUACUGGCGGUACCAACGGAAUCGGAAAAGCCACAGUCAGAGCGUUCGCCAAACAUGGCCCUGAACACAUCUAUUUUACAGGUCGCAACAGUGAUGCCGCCGUUUCUCUCAUCGAAGAGCUUGAGGCUGCGCACCCUGGAAUAAAUCUUACCUUUAUUCAGAUGGACCUUUCAUCUCUCGCAUCCGUGAAGGCUUCUUGCACAAGGUUUACACAUGAUCGCCUUGACAUAUUAGUAUGCAAUGCAGGUGUGCUUGACGUGCCGCUCGGAGUUAGCACCGACGGUUUUGAGAUCCAUCUGGCUACAAAUCAUCUCGGCCAUGCCAUGCUCAUCAAAGAAAUGCUUCCCGUCUUGCAAAAUACAGCAGAGGCCCCAGGAAGUGAUGUAAGGGUGGUGAGCCUGAGCUCCGCUGGCCACUUCGCCCACUCAAAGGACGGCUUGUUUUGGGAUCAUAUUAGGACUCCGAUGAGAGAUCUACGUGUUACGUGGGCAAGAUAUGGGCAAUCCAAACUUGCCAACCUUGUUUACGCCGCGGAACUUGCACGUCGGUACCCUAAGAUUCUCAGCGUUUCUGUCCAUCCGGGAUUUGUUGAUACACCCAUGAUUCAUAAUUCGAGUCUUUUAGCAAGGGUUGCGAUGUAUGUGGGCCACUGGCUGAAGAAUAUUCCUCAAUUCACGAUGGAUCAGGGCGCCUUUAAUCAGCUAUGGGCCGCUGCUGGUGCUAAGAGAGAUGUGCUAAUUAACGGAGCAUACUACACGCCGAUUGGCGUUGUCGGCGAGCUAGAUGAGGUUGCGAAAAGUGAAGAUUUUGCAAAGAGAUUGUGGGAUUGGACUAAUGAAGUCUUGCUUUAG